CCGGCAGGAGGAUCUUCCUCGUUUGUUUUUGUGCUGGGUACUGGUGGGCUGAGGGGAGAGCGAGGAAGCCACUGUUUGGGAAGGAACCGGUGACCUGCUCCGCUAGCGGGUGGCUACAUCGGUUGCUGAAAAUCCUGGAAGUGUAAUGCCGGUAGCUGAGGUUAACCAACAGCAGCACCGUCCCUCACUGCGCUGCUUGGCAAGUGUGCCCCUGUCUGUGCAGUCCUUCUGUCUCCUGCUUUGACUCUCUUUAGCUUCUUAUGAAACUAAGCACUGGUGAGCCUGUUUAGCCCCAACAAACAAUCUGAAUGUGAUGCCACCAUGUGCUUUUCAGCCAGUCUUCUGCUGCUUUUAAGGACUUGUGUUUGCGAGGCUGCACAGGCAUGAGCGAGAGCACUGCUCACCCUGCAGUGCCUGCUGAAGGACAUUAGGAAAGUGCAGAGUCCAGAGAACUGGCAGAAAUGCUUCCCCCAGAAAACAGCAUUUCACACAGGCUAUAUCUGCAGCUUUGAAUCCUGGUAGGGACCUCCUGAAAUAGAGAGAGUGGGUGUUAAUGACAUUUGUGGAUCAGAGGGAGCCAAGAACAAUCUUUAGGGGAAGCAAACAAAAUACUGAAGGCUGCACACACAGUGCCUGACCUGUUCUGUCAGAGUAGAGCAUGAUUUCCUCUCCAGCUGUUCAAAGGAAGCAGAGGCACAAGACUUUGUGCCAGAAUUAGGUUGAGGUGGAAAUCUCUUUAGGAGUAAUACAAACAUAGAGAGUUUGAAAGGUGAUUUUGAAAGUGAGGAAAGAGAUUUUUGAGGGAAAUCUCACAAACAAGCUGUUGUCGAACAUAAGGAGACAGAACUCAAGAGUGAAUCUCUGGUGGUUUGUGAUGUUGCUGAAGACUUGGUGGAGAAACUGAGAAAAUUCCGGUUUCGCAAAGAAACCAACAAUGCUGCCAUUAUUAUGAAAAUCGACAAGGAUAAGCAGUUGGUGGUGCUGGAUGAGGAGCAUGAGGGUAUUUCUCCUGAUGAGCUAAAAGACGAGCUGCCUGAGAGACAACCUCGAUUUAUUGUGUAUAGUUACAAAUAUCAGCAUGAUGAUGGAAGAGUUUCUUACCCAUUGUGUUUUAUCUUCUCCAGUCCAGUUGGAUGUAAACCAGAACAGCAGAUGAUGUAUGCUGGAAGCAAGAAUAAGCUUGUACAGACAGCUGAACUCACUAAGGUAUUUGAAAUAAGGAAUACAGAAGACCUAACCGAAGAAUGGCUGCGGGAGAAACUGGGCUUCUUCCAUUAAGAACACCUCUGCAAUAAGUAUUUAUGUACCAUCCUGAUCAUACUGGAACCAGACAUGAAUACUUAGAUCUACAAAAGGCACUGUAUUUACUUCUGUCUCCUGCAGUCUCUCUCUUGUGCGGAGUUUGUGCAAAGAAUAGCAGGUCUGUCUUCUCGAAGUAACAAAUCUUUGCAGGUGUUUCCUUAUUUGUACCUGUUAAAAGGGAAUACUCCUCUGCAGGGACUCCUUUUGCACUCUCGUGACUAAUAUUUGUAUAACUAAACCAGUUCUGGAUUUGUAACUCUCUGCAAAGGUAAUUUGGAAGCUGAUGCUAACUUUCUCUGAGCUACAGAUGCCUCCGUACGACACCUCCUAGCUAUUUAUAUGCAGAAACCGUGUACUGUCACUCACUUCUCAGACCUCUCGACUUAAUGUCUUCUCCAUUUCUUGGAAACUAUUCUCUGGAAGCAUUUAGUAUUACAGAAACCAAAUCCAUUUACCUUCCCCUUGAGUCCAUGUGAACUUCUCUCAAAUUCUUAGAACUAAUUUUUGCCAUUCCAGUAAUUCCUCGGUUGACGGAGUCAAUCUUGCUCCAUUUCAGGGCAAAGCUUUGACUGUCCAGUUCUCAUGCUACAGGAACUAGGUGAUAACUAAGGGCUGAGUUACAACUCUGGUGACUCUCACACCAGAACUCCUGCGUAUAUAACUUAUUACACUGUUAAGAAGUUUACCUCUUUCUCACAUCUUGUUACACGAACACCUGUUAAUACUCUGUGCCUUUAAUUUGUUAGCUUUAAAGUGACUUGAGAAUUUUACACUGCCACUUAUUACAAAUUUGGUAUAAACUUUGUUAAAGGAUCCAAGCAACAUUUUUUUCCCUAGUGCCUGGUGUUGCAGUUGACAUCUGUUUGAAACAAAAAAGGCUAAGCUCAUUUCCUUUGAAAUUCCAGUCAUCUGCUCCGUUUACAGGAGUUGGGAGGUUAAAGCUUUUCAGGAGGAUGAAUGAUUUAUAUCUCUUUUGUUACACAAGUUGGCCACACGUAGCUUUUGAGUACUUUUAAUUACAGUCUCUUUAACUUUCUUAUAACUGCUUGUUGGGCAAAAUGACAUUCCAGAUAAAAGCUUUUGGUAAGUGAUGAUUUGAAUUGGGUUUUUUUUUUUGUUUACUUACGGUUCAUCUCUUUGAAACAGCAAAUAUUCUAAUGUGAAAAUAGUAUUUAACUUUUAUAAAGGACCAGUCUUUUUACAGGUCUGUUUUAUAUUAAAUAGAGUAGUUGUCUGAUACGGGAUGUGCUCAGCCCAUGCAGUGGCAAAAGGAGGACUCGUGACAGUAUCUCACUAUCUUGCUCAUGAGUGUUUGUUGUGCUCCUGAGUGAGUAUCUGCGGAAGAGCAGCUUCCUGUUGAUAACAUACCUUAAAGUGCAGCUGCCCUAACAAAUCUGUGGGGUGAGGAGGAAUGCAGUGUUCAAUUUGGAGGCCAGUAUUUCAUGCUGUGAAACCUUUUGCUGAAAGGAGGUUUAUUCUUCAUUUGUAAGCAUAUGUUGUGUUAGUGUUAAAACACUAAUUCCUCUAUGACCACCAGGAAUUCAUUUGUAAAGGUCCUCAGUGUUGGUAAAUCUCUUCUGGGUUUGAUGUUACUGCUCAUUUAUUUGUGUACAAAUCUGACUUGAGCAGAGCUUUUCAAAGUACGUGGUAGAAUGAUCCAAUUAAAUUGAUCUCUCAGUGUGGGAAAGAAAUGCUUGUAAUGAAAAUUAAUGUCUGUGUUGAUGUAGUGAGCUGGAAAAACAAUCUCAUCCCCCUGGCCAAAACAAGGUUGGUUAUGAAACUGUUGCUUGAUCGUUCUGUAUUACAGAUCAAUAAAAACAGUGUCUUCUAUGACAAACAUUGUAUACAUGUUCGGCUUGAAGAAUGAUGUUGUUACAAGUUUCAGUCGUAAAACAGCGAAGGUCUUGUUUUGUUGGCACUCUGCUGAUGGUAAGGCAGUCCAAGUGCAGCGUGGGCGAGAGGGAGGCUGCUGCUUGUAAUGUUCAGCAUGGUCUGCAGUGGGGAAAACUGGAUUAAUAAUCUUUGUCAUUGUACCUUGUGCACUGGUGGGCUGCCAGCAUCCAACUGCUGCUUGCACAGGGUUUGAGAAAAACCGCUGUGGAAGGGGCCUGUGUACUGGGAGGAGAGGGGAGGAGUUGCUGCAGUCAGAAGAUUUGAAUUUGAUUCUUUGUCUCUGGAUUGCUCCACCUUCUGCCAAGAAAAUACUGCUACUUAUGGCUGCAUUUUCAGUCUGAAAGAAAGUUCCUUGCACUUCAGUGUUCUUGUUGCCUCCACUUAAAGACUUUCUGCCUUGGGUGCUGCCCCUCAAGUCUUGUAGAAUAGCAAACAAACCCUGAUCAGAGUGUUAAAGACCACUUUCUUGUGAGAGGCAAUGCUGAUGCUGCUCAGCCCACCAGUAUUAUUCUUCAAACAGCCUCACUGGGUAGCUGCACCUCCUUCCACUGUCGAAGCUGUGGAAGUGAGGAAGCAGCUGCAGGUACUCAGAGAAUGAGAGUGUAGAGGAUGUUUGCUGUUUGAGGCUUGUUUGUGGUUUCCUUGUCUUAAUGCAAUGUUUCAAUACAACUGUUGCUGUCCUAGGCUCUUGAGAUGCAGGCAGUGCUAAUACUUGAUUAAACAAAGCCAUUAAUGAUGUCCAGAUCUUUUCCUGCUCAGAUAAGACUUGUUUUCAUAACAUACUUUCCCCAUCUUUAGAGCUGUAUUUCCGUACUGCUUCCCCCUUAAGAUCAGAGGGAGGCAGAUGUGUCCAUGUUCAGAAGGCCAGUGUGUUCUGACUGUGCUUUCCUAGCGAGUUGCCCAUCUGUCAUCAUGCAUUUGGCUGGAAUAUUCAGGUCUCUAAAGAGGGUUCAACCUAAAGGACAACAUGAAUUAACUGAUGAUGCCUACGGGAGCCUUCGUAGCUAAGGUCUGAGAGUCAGCGUUCUCCAUUGUGACCUCCUAUUUCUCAGGAGUUAGUAAGGUGGCCAUAAAAUCCUCAGCCUGGAGUUAAAGGUCUCUCAAAGGGAGACUUCUGCCACAACUAAUCUGGUUUGCUUUAAAUAUUGACUAGAUGGCUGGGGUACAACUCUUGUAAUCCUGUUAGUUGCUGGUAAGCCUGAGUUUGCAUGUCAGCCCAGAAAAUGGACUUGUAUUGUUCUGAGUAUUUUUAACAAAGAUUAAAUGCUGAUAUUUGAUGGUUUAAGCCUGUUUCUGGUAUCAUGAAUGCUGUCUGAUGUAUCAAAGGAGGCAAUAAUGCAGGUGUUGACACCUUUUCACUUCUCCAGAGGAGCAUCUCGUGCGUUUUUGUACCAAGAUUCCAUUUUUGUAACUUCUAACUGUAAAAUAGCCAGUCCAGAAUCCAUGCUAGAUUGCUGACAGGGGUGUGCAUCAAACACCCAGAAGCAAGGGGCUUCAGUACCCUGCUUCAGUGUAAUGUCCUGCCAUGUAUUUUUUGGAAUACCUCUGUCUUGCACACUGUGAGAUAGAGGUGUGGUGGGACAUGAGAUGGGGCCUGGUGAAACUUGUUUUUGUGGUUGAUCCAGACUGGAUGUGACUGGCACACUGUGAGCUGUCGGGGCUGGUGCCAGUGCUGGGGGUGGUGAGAGGUUCCUAGAGAGUUUCCAGAAUUUGGCAAUUCCAUGAAAACAUGAGAAACCAGUACAACUUCCACAUACUGUUUGUCUCAGCUAGUUCACGUUGCAUGUUUAAACCAAAUCUUUUUUGCUAAGCAUGGUGCUUGUAUUGGUUUAAAUAAAACGUUUAAGAGGUUC